GCGGCCCACCCCUGGAUGAAAACCUCACAUCUGGAUGCAGGCUCUCUCAGCCUCCCAUCCCUGGGGGAGAGGGGCUGCCCCUGUCUUUUCAAAGUGUGUUCUGCCAGCCGGACUCCUAGCCGAGCCUGACAAGGGGCCUGUCCUCCAGGCCCUGGGUGUGCUGGGUGCCCACCCGUGCCUGCCUGGUUCCUGGCCAGGGCUGGUAUCCAGCGGUCAGCCCACCUGUCCACCCACCAUGCGGGCCACUCACAUUCUCUUCUCUUCAGGAGCAGGCACCAUGGAUUCUUUCAAGGUUGUGCUGGAGGGGCCAGCACCCUGGGGCUUCCGGCUGCAAGGGGGCAAGGACUUCAAUGUACCCCUCUCCAUCUCCAGGCUGACUCCUGGCGGCAAAGCCGCGCAGGCCGGUGUGGCUGUGGGCGACUGGGUGCUGAGCAUUGAUGGCGAGAAUGCGGGGGCCCUCACGCACAUCGAAGCCCAGAAUAAGAUCCGUGCCUGUGGGGAGCGCCUCAGCCUGGGUCUCAGCAGGGCCCAGCCAGCUCAGAGUAAACUGCAGAAGGCCCCGGCCCCCGCCGCGGACCCCCCGCGGUACACCUUUGCACCCAGCGCCUCCCUCAACAAGACAGCCCGGCCCUUUGGGGCGUCCCCGCCUGCUGACAGCGCCCCGCAGCAGAACGGACAGCCGAUCCGACCACUGGUCCCCAAUGCCAGCAAGCAGCGGCUGAUGGAGGACACAGAAGACUGGCGGCCGCGGCCUGGGACAGGCCAGUCCCGCUCCUUCCGCAUCCUUGCCCAUCUCACGGGCACUGAGUUCAUGCAAGACCCGGAUGAGGAGCACCUGAAGAAAUCGAGCCAGGUGCCCAGGACAGAAGCCCCAGCCCCAGCCUCAGCUACAACCCAGGAGCCCUGGCCUGGCCCUACCAACCCCAGCCCCACCAGCCGCCCGCCCUGGGCCAUGGACCCUGCGUUUGCUGAGCGCUACGCCCCAGAUAAAACAAGCACGGUGCUGACCCGGCACAGCCAGCCGGCCACACCCACGCCUCUGCAGAACCGCACCUCCAUUGUGCAGGCGGCCGCCGGAGGGGGCAUAGGAGAUGGUAGCGGCAGCAGUGGAAAGACUCCCGUGUGCCAUCAAUGCCACAAGGUCAUCCGGGGCCGCUAUCUGGUGGCGCUGGGCCACGCGUACCACCCCGAGGAGUUUGUGUGCAGCCAGUGCGGGAAGGUCCUAGAAGAGGGCGGCUUCUUCGAGGAGAAGGGGGCUAUCUUCUGCCCCCCCUGCUAUGAUGUGCGUUAUGCACCCAGCUGUGCCAAGUGCAAGAAGAAGAUCACAGGCGAGAUCAUGCACGCCCUGAAGAUGACCUGGCACGUACACUGCUUCACCUGCGCAGCCUGCAAGACACCCAUUCGGAACCGGGCCUUCUACAUGGAGGAGGGGGCGCCCUACUGCGAGCGAGACUACGAGAAGAUGUUUGGCACAAAAUGUCGAGGCUGUGACUUCAAGAUUGACGCUGGGGACCGCUUCCUGGAGGCGCUGGGCUUCAGCUGGCACGACACAUGCUUCGUUUGUGCGAUAUGUCAGAUCAACCUGGAAGGAAAGACUUUCUAUUCGAAGAAGGACAAGCCCCUUUGCAAGAGCCACGCCUUCUCUCACGUGUGAGCCCCUCCUGCCCACUGCUGCCCGACCCCGCCCCAGCUGGAGGGGUCAUGGUUCUGGAACCAUCGCCCCAAGACU